UAUUCGCUCACAGGACACACGCGACUUUAUCUUGCAUUAUGGUACAUUAUCAAAUCUUUUAGCUUACAUAGAUCAUAAACUAGGAUGAGUCCAAAUCACUACAUUGGAUUUUUCACAUAACCGUUUUAACUUCAAAACUGAAUUGAAUAAAGGAUGAGGAACUUAAAUGUCGAUCAUAUUUGGAGGACACUGGGUCCAUUAGGGAAAUACCAAUGUAAACAAAUAGCCUCAUAUCUCCUCUCGCUGGCUUCCUGGGCUUUUCAAGGAAUUAACAUUGUCUUCAUAGGCUAUCGGCCAGAUUUCCGGUGCAAAGCAGGCCAAAAUGACACCCGUAUGAGUAAUAUUACUGGAAUGCAGAAAGAAUUCAAACAGUGUGAGAUAGUGAGUUACAUUAACACAUCUGAGGGUGUUUUGGAGACAUCAACACCAUGUGAAAACGGCUGGGAGUAUGCUGCACCGGCCGACCGAUCUUUUGUUACAGAGUGGGAUUUUGUAUGCCAGAAAGCAGAGCUUGGAGAACUAACACAAGUUCUUUACCUAGCCGGCAUGAUGGCUGGAACGUUCGUUUUUCCAACCCUAUCAGAUCGAUUUGGUAGAAAGCCUGUUAUGGUUUUAAGUCACGUGUUCUUCUUCGGAAUAGCGCUUGGAACGGCUUUUAGUGGGAACUUUGUUGUCUUUGUGAUUUUUAGAUUUUUGACGGGCUUCUUUAAUCAGGGGUUAUUAGCAGGAACGACGCUGUCUUUAGAAACACUGCCGGCUGAAAUACGCCAUUACUGUGAAGUUUUGGCUCUGCUGUUUUGGACGUCUUUCAUGUGUCUAGUGUCACCAAUAGCCUAUGCAUUGAGGGACUUCCCCUGGAAGUAUCUUCAGUUAACAUACGCAAUGUGUAGUGCGUGGUCUAUUUUUCAGUGGUGGAUGACUGAUGAGUCUUUACGCUGGGUGAUUGCAAACGGCCAGAUUGACAGAGCAAAGGAAAUAAUCAAAAAUGCCUGUAAAUGGAAUAAGAAAAACUAUGGAGAAGUAAUGGAGACAAUUAAUUGGGGAGAUCUGGUAGAUACUGACAGUAAAGCACUGGCGAUGACAAAUGUUCCAGAGUCCAAGAAUGUAGAGAAUGGGCAAAAUGUUUGGGAAGAUAAGGAUGUAUUUAUUCGUCGGAAUUCGGACAUUGCACAUUUAAAUGAUGGCCAGGAAGAUAGCAUCGUAGAGAAUGGUGAGGCGGAUCGUGAUAUUUUGGUUAAACAGGAGUUCAACCUCGAAAAUUCAAAUGGCGGACAGAAUGUUGGAGAAGUUCGUGAAAAACUAAUAAAAGUGAAGAAAUACACAAUGUUUGAUAUUUUCAAACAUAAAAGUAUUUUGCUUGUGUCGAUGAUAAUGUGGUAUGUUUGGAUUUGUGACAGUUUUGUGUACUUUGGGUUGUACAUGACGUCAUCAGAUUUCUAUGGAGACAGGUAUCUCAACUUCUUCUUGAGUGCAUUGGUGGAGUACCCAUCCUGUUUUCUGGAGUAUAUGCUAUUGGCAAGAAUCGGCAGGAAGUGGACAGCAAUGAUUGGUCAUUUCAUUGCUGCUGUAGGUUUAGGCGUUGCCACAGCAUUAACGUACACUGCUGGGAGCAGCACUAGUAUGUUUGGCGCUGCGACGGCCUUUAUGCUAGUUGGUAAGAUGGGUAUUACGACCGGAUAUAGUUCUAUCUACUUAACUACUCCGGAACUUUAUCCUACGAACAUGAGAAAUAUUGGUCUUGGAGUGUGUUCUUUCAUGGAAAAAGUUGGGUCUAUGAUAGCACCUUUCUCAAGAAAUGUGUCUACUAAGAUAAAGUGGUUGCCACCAUGUGUUUUUGCCGUCAUGUGUCUGAUAGCCGUACUACUUUUUGCCUUUGUGCCGGAAACUAACGGCGUAGAACUUCCACAGACGAUAGAGGAGCUUCAAGAAUGGUACCGUGGAAACAAGUUCGAGCUUAGAAUAGGCAAAAAUAGACACGUAAUCAAGGACACAGAAGAUAGAAACCUAAACUAGAAAAAAAAAAAAAAAGAAAGACUCAGUCUGUUGUGAAUUUCGUUAUGAUCUGCGUGUGGCGGCCAAAGUCUUCCAUAAAAAUGAACUCUAAUGAUAGUAAUGAAGAGAACUAACUGUUGCCAAAAAUUGUUUUGUUUCAUUUUUCAAAACAUAUAUAUGUUGGACAAGAAUUAAACGUGUACAGGUAUGUUUGACUGUCAAAAAGGAUUAUAAUGUCUUAUUCUCUUCACUCGCCCGCGAAAGUGUUAAAAGAUACAGUGAUAAAAAUAAAUGAAAGGCGAUUUAACUGUUUCUUUACAAACCCACUCACCUCAUAUUACCAGCUAAUAUACAUGUGAAUCUUUCAUUAUGCAUUACAGACCUAGAAGUACGCUUUUUUUCAGCUAAUCAAGUCAAGUUAAGAAAAAUGGCGUUAAAAGAGAUGGAGUCAUAAUAUAGAAUGUAAAACUGACCACUGACAAUUUUAUAUUUUGUCAAUUGACAAAAUAUCUUAUUUAAAAAGACUGUAAUUGAGUUCCUGGAAAGAUUAGUCUUUUCCUGGCAUGAAACGUAAACGCAGAAUUUUAGAAAGGACAAAACAAUACCUACGCAAACGAACUUUUUUCACGUCGCACCCUUAGUGCAUCUCGCAUGCUUUAAAAUGUUGUUACUAUCAGAUAGUAAACAAAGUACAAAAAUUAACAUAAAAACUAUUUACAUUCAUUGUGUUGUUGAAUAGAAAGAGGCAGAUGAUCCUUUUUGUGAAAUGUCUUCACUUAGUGAACACCAAAUGCAAUACUGUUAAGAGUGGAGAUACUAUUUGUUUAAUUUUUGGUCAAAUAUUUUAAUUUUAAUGUUACGUCACUCACAAUUUCAAGUAUAUAUGGAAUUUAUCACAUGUUUGACGUCGCGGGGUGAAAUAAAGCCGUAACAUAAAUACAAUAACGUAAUACCGCGUUGACGUCGAUGUCGUUUAACAUAUAGGAGAAUUGACUUGUUUAUGAUAGUUAAAGGAAGAAGAUCAAGAGCGAUGCAAUUCAAUAUGGUGCUCUUGUAUAUAGUGUUUUAUGUUCUAUCGUCAUAUUGUUUUCGAUUUUCUACCAAACAAAGCAAUAGUCUGUACUUGAGAGAUAAUGAAAUAUACAACGCCCCUCACGUCCCCUAGCGUCGACUUGUUGUCUAAUAGUUAGUAAAACUAAUAAGAACACUUUUUAUUCUGACAAUAAAGACAACAAGAAAUACCUUUAAAAAAGAUGAUCGGCGUGAUGUAACUGAAGCACAAGUCAUAUAUGGGCAGAAACCUGUAUUUUAAAUCUUUUGGCAAUGUUGAAAGGGGCCUCUGUGAAGUUUUGUAUAAAUGGGGAUAGUAGUUCUGAAGAACACUGUGUUUAGAAAUUGUGGAGGGACACACGACGGACACCAAACAAUCACAAAAGCUUACUUUGAGCCUUUGGUGCUUAAAAGAUGGUAACAGUAAGCAAACAAUAUUGAAAUACGUCCUAUACUUUAUUUCUGGAAUUGUUGGAGGCAACAUGAAACCCUACCCUACUUCAGCUUAUUAUCAAAUUUGUCUAUCAUUCAGAAUAUGUACAGUAUUGUUUUCACCGGAAAGAUUGAUUUAAAAUUUAGAGUUUAAAAUUUAACGGUAUCGGACAUGUUGUUGCAGGUUAGAAAUGCUU